AGCGAACUGUACAUGUGCGUGCGCCGCAAGGAAGUCUUUUCUGGAAGGACCGUUUGUCGGGACGGUCCCUUGGCGGUGGAUUUUCAUUAUUAAGGGAAAAUGGGUUUCGUGAAGGUUGUCAAGAAUAAGCAGUAUUUUAAGCGAUAUCAGGUCAAGUUUAAAAGGCGUCGCGAGGGCAAAACUGAUUACUAUGCUCGCAAAAGACUCACCAUUCAAGAUAAAAAUAAAUAUAACACUCCUAAAUACAGGUUGAUCGUUCGACUUUCCAACAAAGACAUCACUUGUCAAGUAGCUUAUUCGCGAAUUGAAGGAGAUAAAAUAGUAUGUGCAGCAUAUAGCCAUGAACUUCCAAAGUAUGGUGUCAAGGUUGGACUUACCAACUAUGCAUCUGCUUAUUGUACAGGUCUUCUACUUGCUAGAAGGCUUCUUAAAAAAUUGGGAUUAGACACUUUAUAUGCGGGUGCAACAGUAGUAACUGGAGAUGAAUACAAUGUUGAGGAAUUAGAUGAUGGGCCAGGGGCAUUCAGGUGUUAUUUAGACACAGGUCUAAUGCGUACAACAACUGGUGCACGUGUGUUUGGUGCAAUGAAAGGUGCCGUUGACGGCGGGCUUAAUAUUCCACACAGCACGAAGAGGUUCCCUGGUUAUGACAAUGAAUCCAAAUCGUUUAAUGCUGAUGUUCAUCGAGAACAUAUAUUUGCUCAGCAUGUUGCUAAUUAUAUGCGAACCUUGGAGGAAGAAGAUGACGAGGCCUUUAAGCGGCAAUUUUCGCAGUACAUUAAAAAUGGAAUAACUGCAGCAAAUAUUGAAGGAAUCUAUAAGAAAGCCCAUGAAGCUAUUCGAGCUGAUCCCGAACAUACAAAGGUUGUUAGAACACAGAAACCUGUCAAGAAACGCUGGAAUCGGGCGAAACUUUCUCUCUCUGAACGAAAGAAUCGUGUUGCACAAAAGAAAGCUUCUUUCCUUAAGAAGCUAGAAGAAACGGAAGCAUAGUAGAUUAAAAACUUUUGUACCACAAUGCACACUACGUUGCACGUGCAAAGCUGGCCUAAUAAGAUAAUGUAUCUGUUAAAUUACUAUGGCUUUUUUGUACGUGUACAUGAAACAACAGUGGCAUGAAACACAAUAAAAUCUACUGUAUGCUAUGUU